ACUGUAGUCUAGAAAUACAGGAGGCAAACAAGAAAUAACAUGGUGGGGGGGGGGGUGCUGUUGUAAUGAAAUCCUGGUCGUCAACAGCCAGUCUGAGAAUAAUAAUAAUAAUAAUAAUACAAACACAAGUAAAACUACAUAGAUGUUAAAGCUUUUAACCAAAUGAAAUCACAUUCUGCUCUUGAAGGGGGAGCAGAAGGCUCCACAUCUCACAUAGUUAAUAGUAACACUGAUUUCUGACCCACACUCACACCACCUAUGGAGAGAGACAUUGCUACAGGUAUAUGAGCGGGAGGGGAGGUAUCGCACUGGGUAUGAUAUGACACACGGCAAAAAUACACAAGACGAAGGGUUAGAAGAAGAAAAGAGUAGUGUUUGUUUUCCGUUCACCAGGGUUUGCCUCGUUAGCUUUAUAUGUAGCACACACAGCUCACCUACACGCCCUUCUGUUUAAUACAGAUGUACACCUACACGCCCUUCUGUUUAAUACAGAUGUACACCUACACGUCCUUCUGUUUAAUACAGGUGCUCACCUACACGUCCUUCUGUUUAAUACAGAUGUACACCUACACGCCCUUCUGUUUAAUACAGAUGUACACCUACACGUCCUUCUGUUUAAUACAGAUGUACACCUACACGUCCUUCUGUUUAAUACAGAUGUACACCUACACGUCCUUCUGUUUAAUACAGAUGUACACCUACACGUCCUUCUGUUUAAUACAGAUGUACACCUACACGUCCUUCUGUUUAAUACAGGUGUACACCUACACGCCCUUCUGUUUAAUACAGAUGUACACCUACACGUCCUUCUGUUUAAUACAGGUGCUCACCUACACGUCCUUCUGUUUAAUACAGAUGUACACCUACACGUCCUUCUGUUUAAUACAGGUGCUCACCUACACGUCCUUCUGUUUAAUACAGAUGUACACCUACACGUCCUUCUGUUUAAUACAGAUGUACACCUACACGCCCUUCUGUUUAAUACAGAUGUACACCUACACGUCCUUCUGUUUAAUACAGAUGUACACCUACACGUCCUUCUGUUUAAUACAGGUGUACACCUACACGCCCUUCUGUUUAAUACAGAUGUACACCUACACGUCCUUCUGUUUAAUACAGGUGCUCACCUACACGUCCUUCUGUUUAAUACAGAUGUUCUUAUCUAGUGUCUAAGGCACUUUAAAUAAACAUGUCAUCACAGCUGAGCUAACAUUGGAGUAAAAGUGGCAGUUUCCAUUCAUUACCAUAAUACUGAACAGAGAUGCCAAAGGAAGAAUAGAGAGCGCUGAUGAAUAUGGACAUUCUGGGACGUUAAGAGUGGCUUAAUAGUUUUAGAGGUUUGAGAUGCUAUCCCCAGUGGAAGGCUGUUAUAUCUAGGAAUACUAAGUGCUUGGUAGUUGGUGUGUCAGCGUAUACUAAAAGAGAGUUAGGGGUCCUACUUUACAACCAAACCAUGGCACAAACACAGUGAGAUGUCGGGGCCCCCCUUGCUCUGAGCGGUAGGCUUUAGCUAGUCAAACUACACGUUCAAUCGAAGCUCUCAACAUUAGUGUUGGACUAAGGGGCUGUAUUGUACAUCAUGUGACCACUCAGAGAGAAGCUUGGGGUUUCCUGGCUCCAGUUACAGGGGCAUAUGAACACUCAUUGUGCAGUUACGUGCAGUUUCCAGCGAUUCUCUGUGAUACGUACGCCAGCGACCAUCUAUCUAAGCACACCACACCUCACUGCCUUCAACGCUUCUUCCUGAACAACAGGACAAAUAGUGUUCCAACUGGUCAAAAUACAGCAACCAACAACGUCCAUCAUGACCUAUGUGAUUCCUAUAAGAAGUCAGUCACCAAUUGCUUUUAAAGUGUUGUGACGAGAUGCUGUGGCAAGUGGAGAAAAGCUUUUCACAGUUAAUACGUCCUUUCCAUUCCAUGUUUUUCUCCCAGAACAGGUCAAGACUGUGUGAAUCCACCAUCUUGUUUCAUUGUAGUGUUUGGAAGUGGAACAACAGUCUGUACGUCAGUCUGUACGUCAGACUCGUGCAAUGAGGGAAGCGGAGGCAGUCCAUUGACCUCUGACCUACUGUUGAAUAGGACUAUGUCCUCUCUGAUGAGAGUUUUGUUAGGCCUGCUUUAAGCCAGGGAAGAGAUGGUGGCUUUACAUUUGGUGACACAAGACAAUGUUUUGUUUCAUGUGGGAGGAGGAUGACAAAGGGGAACGUUUCCUAGUUUCGCUCCUUUCCUUGCAGUUUGGCGUUCAGGGGCAUACACAUACCUUACAUACUCACAUGUGCACACACGCAUAGUUCAUAAGUAAAAAGCACUUGUACAUUAAGUUUACAUACUCAUUAAAGCGGAGCACAUAAUUCCACGCCUAGGGAGGACUAUAUUAAGGGGGACACUCGCCGGGCCGAGCAGCUAGCCAGAGUAGAGUAGGAAUAUUGUUAGAGUAAGGCAGAGUAAAGCCGCUCAAGUGGGAGUAAUUGUUUUGUCAUCCCCAGGAAUGGAGCAUUUCUGGGGGGUGGGGUGGUCUGGGUUGUAUCCAUUAGAACACACCGUAGAAAAACUUUUGAAAGCAUCUUUCAACGGAAAAUGAAAACA